AUGGGCAAAAGGAAGCUAGUGAUUUCAGAGCCUAUGGAAUCAUCAGAUAAACACUGUUACAUCAUCGUGUCAUUAAAAAUAGCUUUUGUAUCCAAGUUCAGUUUUGGGAAGCAACAAGAGCAGACAUGUGACGGGGAAUAUUUAACCAGAUUAGAUUAUAGGUCUUGUCUUGAAGGUGGAGGAGGACACUGGAGUGACAUCAUUUCUCAUGAAGACAAAAUAGGAGGUAGAAAAAGGACUUUGACCUCUUUUUCCCCAUUCAAGGAAUUCAUAGCAAAGAUAUGGAUGGCUGAAUUUGCUUGGAUAGGCCAUACUUUUACCUGGGGCUAUGUGAAGGAGAAGCUAGAUAGAAACUUUGGAUCCCGGAACUGCCUAGCAAAGUACCCUAAUGCUUUUAAGUUCCUCAAUCAUGGGAUGCUCCUGCUCAACCUUACACCUGAAAUCUCUGGCACAAAUAAAAGGUGGUUCAAAUUUGACAGUAGAUGGGUAGGAAAAGCAGAGUUCCAAGAAGUGGUAAAGAAGAUCCUCAAAUGGAGUAUGGGUCUUGGGGUUCUCUUCUCACUUGGGUAUCUACUCGUCAACUCGUUCAACCGAUCAUUCCUUCUGUGGAACAAGAAUCAGUGCAAAAUCUCAACCCUAUUUCCACUUACAUCAAUAUCUUAUUUAUCCUUUCAUGCAAGCAUUAAUAAGAGGAUUAAAAACACCCCUACCUCCUCUCAAGUAAACAUCUACCAAAUUCUAUUAGGCAUCAAACCCCACCAAUCAACCAGAUAA